AUGUCGAUCGACCGAGACGAUGAGGAGGAUGAGGGUACCGCAACCAACGAAUUGGCAGCUAUCAUGACCACUACAUCAACACCUGUCACGCCUGGUCCCACGAGUCCGCCUCUAGAACAACCUAAACCCACCGAUUUCGUGCCCCCGACGAGGCCUAGCAGCACUCCGUUUCCUAAUGCCCAACAAGGUCAGACUGAUAUACGCUGUUUGACGUGUCAACCAGACUGCUUUGGAUCCGAGGAUUGUAUGGUAACAAGUCCUGUUUCCACGUCGCCGAUUGUCGAGCAAGAACCAAUCUUAACGUUGGCCCAACUACCGGCCGAGAUCCACGAAUGUAUACUCGAUCACAUAUUUGGGUACCGGGUUUCGACUACGUCCCCAAGCUCCCUUAACAUCCCAAGUGUCAACGCUCGAAGUUGGAGUACUGCGUUACGACAUUCUAGAAGAAAGGAAUUAUCCAAUCUGGCAUUUGUCUGUCCAUUAUGGAGGGACCUAAUCCAACAACGACUUUAUAGGCAUAUCAAGCUCAAGGCGACGGUACACUGCAGCAAUGAUGUUAUGGCCUUCUUUGUGCGUCAUCCUCACCUUCGAACGUAUGUGAAGCAUGUCGAGAUUUGGUUUCCAGUCUUUCAACCCAAGUUCCAUUCCCUUACACCAGGAGAUACAUCGCUUUCCCUACCAACCGUGUCACCUGAAGGUAUCGCCAGCGCAACUUAUGCGUUACCGACCGAUAAUUCUACUCUGGAGGAAGUAUUCUAUCUCGUAAAUAUGCAAUUUCCCGAAGCGCGUGUUAUGACACUAGAAGGUGGUGAGAGGAAAAAGGCGCCGCGAGUAAAAUUCAGUUUUGCUGGACCCUCGACGGCCCCUAGGGAUCUACCCGAGAUCGCGUCAAUUAGGACACUUAUUGUCAAAGGUCAAUGGAAUAUCAUCCGACAACAGAAGGAUUGGGAAGUCAUCUCGCGCGCCCUGCCAAAUCUAGAGGAAUGGCAUGGUACUUAUGCUAAACCAAAAUCUAAGAGUUAUCUUAGCAUGGCGAGUACGAUCGAGACUCUCGAUUCGAAAAUUACUAGCCUCAAUCUCUGCCUUGAGUGUGACUACAGGAGGGAAAUGACAUGUCCUCCUUAUUACCUGAAGGUCUGCGAAAAACUGCAUUGGUGCGAGAAGAUGGCAAAGGCGGCGAGUAAAUUGGAACAUCUCUCUUACACGGGGCGUGUUUGCCAUGGGUUCUUUGACAUGCUUGCGAAAUAUUCCAAUCCCCGCACCACCCGACUAAAGACUAUCGAUCUCACAGUCAAGAAUUGUUGCCGACAGAAUGCCCAAUGGAACGAGUCGGGUUCGGGUAUCACUGACAUGCACUUCAUCGCGGCUUUUGAGCAACUUGUGCUGGGUGGUAUCCGAGCUUUGGAGCGCCUCAAGUCGGUGGAGGUAUUACGAAUCCGAUAUGUUGACCUUGACUCGCCCGUCCCACCGCUUAAUCCAUAUUUUAUGGUUAGGGAUGGCUGGUGCUCUGGAGUGUGGAGUGAUGAAAUCGUCGCAGAGAUUAAUCGUGUACGCCCUGAUAUUUGCUUUGAGGAGAUGGUGGAUAGCUUUGGUGAAGUUGGCUAUAAUAAGGAAGGCCGAUUGGUUAUUAACCCGGACUUUCCGAAAUCGAGGGUUCUCUCCCUCAAGUUGGCGAAUUACGCCAUGCUAUCGGGUGGUAUCACGAUCGUGUAA